CAAAUUUCCUUUAUCAGUAUUGAAUUUGUCGACAAAGAUUUAAGCCAAUAUAAUUAGUUCAUAUGAAGUUGUCCUACAUUCUAGCACGGAGAUGUUUGGGAUUCCAUCAAAACAGCUGUAUAUGUAUGUCCUUGUACUCCACAGCAUAUCAUUACAGGUUUAAAUUUGUAUUCUUGGCUAGCUUUCAACAUUUUGAAAAAAAGGACUAUUCAUAUCACCUGUUUACAUGUCUCAUGUUUGCCUUGAUAAGCUCAACUAUACCCGUGAAGAGCAUGCGCAAUUUAGCUUACCAACGAUCAUUUAUAACAAGUUUAGAUGUGUGAAAACAUAUGGCAGCCAGAAACAGUUGUUCUGAUGUAGUCUCUACGAAACAAAAGAAGGAGGGUUCCAAACCCACACCGCUUGCUUUGGGAAUAAGUACCCUGAAACCGAAAUACCCGCAGUAUGCACUGGCGUCGCGAAGAACUGCGUCUUUCACGGGCGCUUCAACGCCUUGGCCAGCUGAUGCACAUGUCAAAGUGGAAGAUCUGGUGGAUGCAGGCUUAGUUUAUACAGGUGUACAGGACAGUGUUCGCUGCUACCACUGCGGCGGAGGGCUCCGAAACUGGGAACCCGGGGACGACCCAAUGGUUGAGCACGCCAAAUGGUACCCGGCCUGUCAUCAUGUACUCAUUACAAAGGGGAAAAUGUUUAUCAGGAAAGUGGAGGACGGAGACAAUCCAGAGGAUGACACGCCUUCAAUGACAGAAGAUUUCAGAUGUGACUCUUUGAAUACUGCAGUGCAAGCUGUAAUAGAAAAUGGAUAUCCAAAAGAAGAUGCCAUGAGAGCCAUUUCUGUGAUUCGAAAUAAGAAUGGCCCACACGCGAAGAUAACAGCUACUGAUAUUGCAUCUAUAUUGCUGGAAGCGGAAGACGACCCCAAUUUCUUUUUAAGUUUCGGUGUAGACAAUUCUGAACACAGUUGCUCCACUCAAGAAUGUGAAGCAAAUGACAUGACGCGUUUAGAACAAGAAAAUGAGGAGUUAAAAGCCACGUCACGCUGCAAAAUAUGUUUGUCCGGUCGUGCUGACGUCGUCUUUCUACCAUGCGGGCACAUUGUCAGUUGUUCCCAGUGUGCCCCCGCCCUAAGCACUUGUCCUGUUUGCCGAAAGGAUAUUAUGGGUCUUGUAAAGGCGUAUUUUGCUUCAAAUGGUCGUUAAAAAGAGAUUGUGAAAAAAUGAGAUACAUGUUCUAAUGCAAGCGAUAUUUGUUACACCAACCGUACACGCCAGCAACUUUUCUCAGUUGCCGUUAAGAUAACACAAGCAGAGGUGACAUAUUAUUAGUUUAUCUAUUUGUAAUUUCACAGCUUUUAUAUGGAUUUGCUUUAACUAAACAUUGAUAUGAUUUAGUGUUUUAUAUGUUUUUCGAAGUGUACGACGUCUAUUCAAAAAGUUCUAAACCAGUCUAGAAUAAGUUACUUAAUUAGAUAUAAAGUCGAAAUAUAGUGAAUAAUGAAUGACAAACAGUCUAUAUCUACAGACCUGGGAAUAAAGUAAAGUAAACAUUACAGAUUCUAUACUAAGCCGACAACAUCUUUGCAUAUUUCUCCGAACUCAAAUACCAAGUAAACAAGAAACUUUACUUUUAAGUAAUUUACUCUAUUUCUAUAUGAAGUCUUUUUCAAAAUUCUUCAAACAUUGUCUGUGUUAAAAUUCCAUUGAUAUGGGCGACGAAAACAAUGCAAAUGCACGUGGACGUAAUUAUUCCAUGUUAUAUAAUUAAUGUUUUUUGACGAUAUACAAUGUGAAAGUCGGAUAUAAGUUGUCAAGGUUUCUUUUAAUAUUAUUAUUAAGAAUAUACCAUUCCAUAAUAUAAUAAGAAUUUGCACAAUUUCUCAACCAGAGCUGAUAUAUAGAAAAAUCUACUUGUCGGACAAAACAAAACUUAUAUGAGUAUGAGUUAAACCGUUCAAAACGUUUUUUGGUUAUAGCCCUGGUGCUACUUGUCGUAUGAAAAUUAGUUCAAAUAUUUCUUGCAACAUGGUUGGCCAUGGUUGGCCAUGCCUGGGGCUCAUUUUUUAAACAAUGGAAUUAGCGGUUUGAUUUAUUAAAUGUGCAUAUAGGCGAUGUUUACCACGCCUCAAGUUUAUGGUUGCCUUCUGAAUGAAUUCAGUUUCAGAAACAUGGAAAAGAUCGCUAGCUAUGGAUGUAAAAGCGACAAAAUCGCAAAAUUUGAACAGCCAGACUGCGCUACAACUGAAAUUUAUGGCAUUUGGUUGUGUCACUCAUAUGAUUGACAGCUUACAACAGACAGAACUGCACGUCACGGGAGUUUAUAACGCAAAGCUGAUUAUAGUGAUGGUGGUUAAAUGUGACCUCUUCAUCAGUGUAAAAUGAAAUAUAAAGGUGUUUUGUUUAAAUGACUGACAAGCAAAUUCCGUUCAUCUAUUUGAAGAAAAAAAAAUAAACUAAAGAUUAAAGAAUUCGUGGUUUUGCAUAAAGUAGAUAUCCUCAACAGUUUAUUUGUAAAGUCUCAUAUCAUGUAAAAUAUGUUGUAUCAUCUAUAGAUGUUCUAAACAGUUUGUUCGAAACAUAUUACCAUGGUCAUGUUGCGCUAAAUGGGGUGUCAUUUAUACUAUGUAGAGUUCAAUUAGAUAAUAACAACUUUAACAUGUUCCUGUCUAAAAAAGGGGGCCGAUUGUAGGAUAUACAUUAAGCCUUCUUAUGAAUUAGAAGAGUGACUAUGUAAUAUAGUAUAAUAUAUAUGUCAUUAAAUUGAACUUAAAAUCA